GUCACUAGUAAGGAAAUUGGUUGUUGAUGAAAUGUGAACUUGAUGCUUUGAACAAUAGCAUUUAUGAAUGGUAACCCUAUUAAUAGAUAUUGCUUACUAGGAAGCAACACAGCUGUAACUUCAGAUAACACUAAGAGUUCACUUCAAGAAAGCAGUAAAUGGGUGAGGUAUUCUAGAUAUUCCUCAAAAUAAAUCAAGAAAAAAACAUUAAUUACCACACACCUAAAAUAUUGAAAUUUUGGCCUUCUAUUUAUUAUCUGUUGCUACAAAAAUGGCUGAUGUAAUAUUGCAAAAGGCAAAUAUUUGUCUUAAUAGAUUAAACACUGCCACAGAAAAUGUAAAUAAUGAAUUAAGCAAGUUAGAAGAAAGUAUGGAGAGGUCCUGUGAGAUUGCAAAUAAUACUUUCUACGAACUUUUAAAGAUUGUAGAAAAUAGGAAACAAGAUUUAUUAUCUACCAUGAAAAAAUAUCAAGUUGAGAAAAAAAGCUCUCUCUUAGAGCAGUUGGCGACUAUUAAGAGAGAAAAGCUUUCAGUGGAUCAACAAUGUCAAGGUCUUGAUAAUGAAGUUGAGGUUCGAAACAUCUACAAAAAAAUAUGUCUAAUAAAUGAAAAGAUUAAUAAUAUGCCUGUUUUUGGUGAACCACGAGAGAAUGGAUUCAUCACCUAUGAAUACGAUCAUAAUAGAGCAUUUGAUGAGUUGCAAACUGCUUUGGGUACAUUUGGUAAGGUUAGGACAAGCACAACUUUUCCUUCUUUGUGCACAGCUCAGGUGGAGGACAUUUCAGUGCAUCUGGAAGGGCAAACUCUUGUCACAGCUGUAGAUUUCAAAGGGAAUCCUCAGUCAGUUGGAGGAGACCCCUUAAUAGUUGAAAUUUUUCAUGAGAAUGGAGAAAUAGUAAAAGCUACUGUUGUUGACAACAAUAAUGGGACAUACACAAUCAAAUACAGGACAGAAAAGCCAGGUGUUUACAAACUUCACAUAACUAUUUUUGGUAGACCAAUCAAGGACAGCCCUUUCAGGUUUGAAGCAUUGCAAGACAUCAACCCUGUAGUUUCCUUUGGCACCACGGGCUGUGAAGACAACCAGUUUCUGCAACCUUGUGCUGUUGCCAUUGGUCCUGCUGGGCAGGUUUUUGUGCUUGAUACAGGUAACAGCAGGAUCAAAGUUCUUGGAUCUGAUUUGGAGUUUAUUCAUCACAUUGUAGGAGUAGGACUGGAAGAAUGUGGAGGUACUGGGAUAGCAAUAACACAUGCCAAUUCCAUGCUAGUCAUAAACUGGAAAACUAAAUACAUAACAGAGAUGACAUUUGAUGGUGAAUUUAUAAGUCAAUCCACUCAUCCCGACUUUGUCGAACCUAUGGGCAUAGUAGUUAACAGUCAAGGAGAAAUUCUUGUCCUCGAUAACAACCUUAAUUGUGUCUUUAUUUUGGAUGAAUCGAGAAAUCUGCUUCAAAGGAUAGAGCUGACAGGGUUCAGCAAUUCUAAAUCCCAGGCUGUCAAGUUUGUGGCUGUGGGACCACAAGAUGAAAUACUUGUAGGAGAAUCUUCAGUUUUAGUAUUUGCCUCUUCAGGUGAGUUUCUCAAAGAAAUCUAUCCAGAAGGAAGGAAUGGCGGUCAUUUUGGAGGUCUUGUGUCCGAUAGAGAAGGCAAUCUCCUAGUAUGUCGCUCAGAGAAAAACAAACAUUAUAUCCAGAUCUUCAACUUUGUCUCUGGUCAUUUGUCAUUUUGUAUCAAUAGUCCAAAAACAAAGUUGAAAAGGCCGGCUGGCCUGGCCAUUUUGAAGAAUAAUGAGUUGGUGGUUGUAGACUUGGGAAAUGACUGCAUCAGGAAAUAUCGCUACAAGUAAUUGCCACAUAUAAUGCUUUUGUAAAGCAAUAUAAUAUAGACAUAUAUAUGUUUCUUUCUAGUUUUUUAACUGUAAAAGUGAGCUGUAUGUGUGGUUUUAGUAUUAAGCCAUGUGUUAUUUUUUGUUAGUAAAUUACAAUUGUUCAUUGCAUUGAGUAGAAGUUGGUUUGGAAUUUCAAACUUUUUCUGUUAGAUAUAUGUGAACUUUUAGUAAAUGUAAGAAAACAAUGCCUCUAGUUUUGCCCCCAGUGGCACAACGGUAUGUCUGCGGACUUACAAUGCUAGAAUCCGUGUUUCAAUACCUGUGGUGGGCAGAGCACAAAUAACCCAUUGUGUAGCUUUGUGCUUAAUUGCAAACAAACAAACAAGCCUCGAGUUUCUAAAUUAUUCUACAAAAGCAUAAGAAAGUACAGGUCUAACUUUUUUAAUAUGUAGUAGUGAUGUAAUAUCUAUGAACUUUUAGUUAAUGUUAACUAGAAAUAAUAUAUGAUGCAUUUACCAUUUGAAUAGCAGUAUAAUGUAAUUUCAUGUAAGGAAAAUUGAAUAUAAUAUUAUUUCAAAUUAAAUUAUGUGUGUUUAUCAACAAAGAAAAGUUGAAAAAUAUAUGCUGAAUGUACUAUUUUUCAUUUUUGGCUGCUAGAGGUGGAUAUACAAAACCAAUUAUCAAUGUGUUGAAUAUACUUUAUGCACAUUGAUUUUGUAGUAUAAUGAUAAGGAAUUGUAUAAUUUUACUAUGCCCAUUGAAGCAGGAUAAAUAUGUAACAUGGAGUUUAUGAAGCCAAAGCUUUUUCAAAAUAACAAAGAAAUAUUUUUAAAAAUCACACUUCAUAUGUUAGAGUUAUGAUAAGAGCAAUGGUCAAAUCAUACUAAUCAAUUAGAGUAGUCCAGCAGUUAGCAGUUGGUAUCGUUUACUUAGUUGCAUUUCCUUGUCAUUCAUCUAAGUUAGUGGCCAAGUACACAUUUUAGGACCUUGACUAUGUUAUAGAUGUGACAGUUAAGUCCAAGUAUUCAGUCUGACUAGAGGUGACAGUGGGUGGUGUUGAGUAGCUGCCUUUCCUCUUAUCUAUCAGUUCAAAAUUAGGGAAGAUUAGCACAGAUACCCUCAUGUAGCUUUGCUGACAUCCAACAAACUAACCUUUGAGUCAGAUGUACAACACUUUUGUGUUGAUAUCAAACCAGAAACUAUAGUGUAUCAUUUCCUUUACAACUCAAAAUCAGAAGUUUUGACAGUAUUAAAGGUUAGCAAAAACCUUUAGCACCAGCAGUGAACUCAUUGGUGGAUCCAGGACUUUCAGAAAGGAGUGUGUGUGGAGGGACCUAAAUGAAUGGAUAUCAGAGAAUGAGAGGUCACGCCCCCCCCCCAAGAAAAAUUAAUUUUUUAAAUAUCUCUAAGUCCAAUUCCUAUCACUCUGCAAAUUAGCAAUAUGAAGUACAGAUGAAAAUAAUUUCUGCUGCCAUCGAGGACAUCUGACUGUUAGAAUCAGAAUCUUGAAGUUAUAUAAUGCAAUGUUCACUGAUUGGCUAGAGAGAAGGAUGGAAUGUUUAGUCAUGCCAAUGAAAAGAGCCUCUUCAAAGCCCUAUUGAAUGUUGUAAAUUAGUCAUAAUAUUUUGGAGGACAAGCUCUUUUAUAGCUGUCUUCAAUACUUUACACAAUACAUGGACCAGGCUCCCUUUCUUUACAGCAGUACGAACAUAACAUUUAUUCCAGAAAACAAUUAAAUAUAUUAUUUCUACCCCUGUUUUCUUUUUAUUGUUUUACAUUGAAAAACUUUAUUAACAAUACAGUCAACAACACCUUAUGGAAACACCUUGUUGCAUCAUUUAAAUCAAAAACUUUUUGUCAACAUUCAUGAAAACCUAUCAUAAAGUUAGCAACUGUCUUCAUAGGCUUUUCUAUAAUAAACUCCAUAAAAUUUGACCCUUGCAAUGGAAUAAUGUGCCAUAAUUUUAAGAGGCUUUAAAAACUGGUGAUAGGUAAGGCUUAUAAAAGUUGGCUUUAAUAGUAACAUCCAAAACUUUGUCAUCAGUGUUAAAGUCGUGAAAAACUUGACAAUAGCAGUAGUAUAGCCCCCUAACACUGGGCAAUAAUGACAAAACAACUUCUAAUGCUUCCCCUCCUAGUUAAACUCUAGCCAUUGUAGUAUUCACAACCCCUUUUAGUGUUUACAAAUGCCAACAUACUGGUCUUCCUAAAAUAUUGUCCUAACGAGCUAGCGUUAUGGGACUACUUGAUACCUCAAGCUACUGGUCAGCAAAACUUCUUAAUAAUUCUUAAUUUCUUAUUGCUAAAUUACUAAAAGUUUAAUCGGAUUUUUAAUGAUUGUUGGAGUGGUUAAAACACUGUAUCCCACAUAUUUGAUUUUGCUAAGAAAUUGAUUUUUUUGUAACCACAGAAUUACAUCACACUUUAGUUGCAGAAUUGUCGUUACCAUU